UGGGUGCCAAAAUUGGGUAUUUCAAUUUCUUGUACUUUUCAAAAAACUCCCCACUUCCUUGAGAUCACAGUCCGAGUCGUUGAUAAUGGAAAAAGGGGAAAGGAAAAAAAAAAAAAAAAGAAAAAAGAAAAAAGGAAAAAUAUCUUCCAUAUCCAUUCUCUGAUCUUAAUGGCGUAGAAAUCGGAGGCGAACAAUGAUCAAUAACAUUCUUAUCCUUUACCAUAAUUCCAAGCUAUGGCGGCCAAAGGACGGCAGUAUCAACUUUCUAUUCGCAUUUCUUUUUUCCAUCAAAACUUUCUCCUCAUGGCAAACACUUUUGCCAUCUUUCUCACUUUCACCAUUACUAUGUCACCUAGGUGGUACCGAAACAUCAUCGGUUCACCGCAAACGGUUGGUCGGAUAAUGCUUCCAGAAUCAUAAUGGGUUGUAUUCUGGACAAGACUUCUACAAAUUCGCCUUCUCAGGAAGGCCUUGAAAAGCUGAAAUUGGACGGUGGAUAUGUUAAGGGAGGUCAUGAAGGGAGACCCAUUAACCGAAAGCAGCCCGGUAAGGAUCCCAGAAAGCGGCACCAUCAAGAUAGGAGUGUCAAGAAAGUGGUUGCUGUUAAUGGUGGUGGAGAGGCGCAGAAGGAGAGUGAUACUAAUGGAGGGGGUGGUGGGAAUGUUGUUAAGAAAGUACAGAAUGUGAAGAAGAAGAAUAUUGAAGGAUAUGAGCUUGUUAAUGGGUGGCCAAAGUGGCUUGUUGAUAACAUACCUGAAGAUGUUUUGGCUGGUUUGGUUCCAAAGAGUGCUGAUUCCUAUGAGAAACUUGCUAAGAUAGGCCAUGGAACAUAUAGCAAUGUUUAUAAAGCUCGAGACAGAGAUACAGGAAAAGUUGUGGCCUUGAAGAAGGUACGGUUUGAUACAUCAGACCCAGAGAGUAUCAAAUUUAUGGCAAGGGAGAUUAUGAUGCUGCAGAGACUGGAUCAUCCUAAUGUGAUCAAGCUGGAAGGGCUUGCUACAUCAAGAAUGCAAUAUAGUCUUUAUCUGGUUUUUGAUUUCAUGCAGUCGGAUUUGGCCAGAAUCAUUAAUUGUCCUGGACUGAGGCUUACUGAACCACAGGUCAAAUGCUACAUGCAGCAGCUGCUCUCUGGUCUCCAGCAUUGCCACGAGAGGGGAAUUUUACACAGGGACAUCAAAGCUUCCAAUCUGCUAAUAGACAAAAAUGGGAUGCUAAAGAUAGCAGAUUUUGGACUGGCAAAUUUCUUUCCUCCCCAACAAAGACGCCCACUUACAAGCCGAGUUGUGACACUCUGGUACAGGGCUCCAGAGCUGUUGUUGGGUUCAACAGACUAUGGAGUUGGUAUAGAUCUUUGGAGUGCAGGGUGCCUUUUGCCUGAGAUGUUUACUGGCAAGCCAUUGAUGCCGGGGAGGACUGAGGUUGAGCAGCUUCAUAAGAUCUUUAAGCUUUGUGGUUCACCCCCAGAUGAUUACUGGAGAAAAUUAAGACCCUCAACAAGCUUCAGACCACAGAACUACAAACCUAGUUUUGAAGAUGCUUUCAAGGUCUUUCCUAGUUCUUCAUUUGGUCUCUUGACAAAACUUCUUGCUUUGGAUCCAGAAUCUCGUGGCACUGCUGCUUCUUCUCUCCAAAAUGAGUUCUUUACUUCAUAUCCGUUGGCAUGUGAACUAUCAGCUUUGCCAGUAAUGUACCAGGAGGAAGCUGAACCAAUUCGAGCCAAGGAACGCAAGAAGCAUCAUCGUCGGAAGGUUUCAAAAUCAAAGCAAUCUCGAACAAAUCUUUGUGAGGUUUAUAAGGGGAAGGAGGUUCCUGAACAAUCCAAGGCAGAUUUUGAACCUUCUAAUAAGGUAAAUUUGCACCAAUUUGAAAAAUUUGCAGAUCUCGGCAUGCAAAGCCAAGAGAUAAGCAGCAGCAGCUACGUGCACAGCCAAGAGAUGAACAAUAGUGAAAGCAGCACUUCAUCUUCUACAAAACCAAAUACGUAUGAUCAUCAUCUUCAUCACAGCUUGCAAGCUUCUCUUUCUCCAAUUCUUCGUGAUUUUCAUCAGAAAAGAACUGCCAUUACAGAGGGUCAUCCUAAUGCUCUCAAGAACAUAAACCCUAAUGCUCUUAGAAGCCUCAGGAACUUCACACUCUUGCAGGCUUCCAUCACUGAUAUCAUCAACCACAAACCAGGAAUAAAUGCCACAUCUUCCCAACUCCGAAGGUCCAUUUCUACAUUGGAUUUUCGAAAUCUUGAUCCGGAGAAAUUAUCUUCGCUCUUUGCAUCGUCUGACAAAGAGUAACUAAUAAAUUCUAUAACAUUUUUUUCAUCUUCUUUUUCUUAGUUUUUAUCAUACCUAUCUUUCUAAGCUACAUUCUGGUCUUAGCUUUUGCCUUAUACCAGCUGUGCUAUAAAUAAUGGAUUCAUAUUAAGGACCAUUUUGUGUCUGAAUUACUUAUGCAUUGGGACAGUUAUCUGGAAAAAAUAAUAAUAAGCUUAGGAUGAAAGAGAGGGGAUCCAGCUGUGUAACAAUUAUUUAAUGUAUGUAAUGAUUAAUAUUCUCUUUUUUUA